AUGGCGACUCGCCACCUCCUCAACCUCACGCGCCGCUCCCGAAACCCCUCACGGCCUCUCUCUCCACCAUACCUAACCCAAACCUCCCGAUCCUCUUCACAAUCUCUCGCUCAAACUCAUGAAUCGACACCUCCAGCAUCCCCACCUCCCAAAGACUUCAUGAUCUAUGACCGCCUAGCCGAAGGCGUUAAAUCAAGGCUCAAACGCCUCGAAAACCCCGACCCCAGGUUUCUCCGAUACGCCUCACCAUACCCAACCCUAACCACCCACACCGGAAUUCUCUCCGCGCCUGAGACUAAAGUCACGACUCUCCCCAACGGCCUCCGAGUUGCCACAGAGUCAAACCUCGCUUCCAAAACCGCCACCGUCGGAGUGUGGAUCGACGCAGGGUCGAGGUUCGAGACCGAUGAGACUAACGGCGUUGCGCAUUUCUUGGAGCAUAUGAUUUUCAAGGGGACUGCGUCGAGGAAUGUUAGGGCUUUGGAGGAGGAGAUUGAGAACAUGGGAGGGCAUUUGAAUGCGUACACUUCGAGAGAGCAGACCACAUAUUACGCUAAGGUAAUGGACAAGGAUGUGCCCAAGUCGCUUGAUAUUCUGGCGGACAUAUUGCAGAAUUCUGCGUUUGAGGAUGGUCGGAUUGAUCGCGAGCGCGGUGUGAUUCUUCAGGAGAUGGAAGCGGUGGGAGAACAAUAUGAGGAAGUAAUCUUUGACCAUUUACAUGCUACUGCAUUCCAGCACACUCCUUUGGGCAGAACCAUUCUGGGGCCUGCUGAGAACAUCAAGAAAAUUACAAAACAACACAUUGAAGAUUAUAUUUCAACCCACUAUGCUGCUCACCGAAUGGUAAUUUCUGCUGCUGGAGCUGUUAAGCAUGAAGAAGUUGUUGAGGUUGUGAAGAAGCUGUUCACAAAGCUGUCAGCCAAUCCCACAACUACUUCUCAGUUAGUUGUCAAUGAACCGGCAAUAUUCACUGGUUCUGAGGUUCGGAUUGUUGAUGAUGAUAAGCCUCUUGCUCAUUUUGCGGUUGCGUUCAAUGGAGCAUCAUGGACAGAUCCAGAUUCUAUUGCUUUGAUGGUUAUGCAAUUUAUGUUGGGAUCAUGGAGCAAGAAUGCAGGAGGAGGAAAACAUAUGGGUUCAGAGCUCGCACAGUGGGUUGGCAUUAACGAGAUAGCUGAGAGUAUGAUGGCUUUUAACACAAAUUAUAAAGACACAGGCCUAUUUGGUGUGUAUGCUGUCGCCAAGCCAGACUGCUUGGACGAUUUAGCUUAUGCUAUAAUGUACGAGACAAGUAAGUUAUGUUACCGAGUUCAAGAAGCUGAUGUUACUCGUGCUCGUAAUCAGCUGAAAUCUAAUUUGCUCCUCCACAUUGAUGGGACCAGCCCUGUUGCUGAAGACAUUGGACGUCAGCUAAUUACAUAUGGACGCAGAAUUCCAUUUGCAGAAUUAUGUGCCAGGAUUGAUGCUGUGGAUGCUAGCACUAUCAAACGAGUUGCGAACCGUUUUAUAUUUGAUCAGGACAUCGCAAUAGCAGCCAUGGGACCAAUCCAACGUUUGCCUGACUAUAAUUGGUUCCGGCGCAGGACCUACUUGCUGCGCUACUAA